CCCAGGACCCUGCAUUCACUAUAUCUAGUCUUCCACAGUACACAGAACAUGGAAAUGCAAUUAUUUUAAUAAAUAUAAACUGCUAAAUACCUUUUCUCCCCGGACCCUGCAUUCACUAUAUCUGGUCUCCCAGGACCCUGCAUUCACUAUAUCUGGUCUCCCAGGACCCUGCAUUCAAUAUAUCUGGUGUCCCCGGACCAUGCAUUCACUAUAUCUGGUUUCCCAGGACCUUGCAUUCACUAUAUCUGGUUUCCCAGGACCCUGCAUUCACUAUAUCUGGUUUCCCCGGACCCUGCAUUCACUAUAUCUGCUCUCCCCGGACCCUGCAUUCACUAUAUCUGGUCUCCCCGGACCCUGCAUUCACUAUAUCUGGUCUCCCAGG